UGGACACUGAACUCUACGUAGUCUUCUAGGCUGCGUGUCAAAACAUUUAGAGCUGCCUACACAGACAGCAUUUUUGGCAUAAUAGACGUCUUAAAUGCCGUCUAUAUAGUCAGCGCAGUAGGAUUGGAGACCGCCCCUGUGUCCACAAUAAUGCCAUCAUGAUCAGCCUGGAGCAGCGCUGAUCUGAGCUGUGAAACACACACUGAACCCGACACGGAUGGAGUGAUCAGCCCGCUGCCAUGCACUUCCACUCUCUCCCGUAGAUGUCACGGGCUGGCAUACGUGGAAACUCCACUCACUCCCGCUUUUGAGAACAGUUGCAACACGGAAUGACAUGAAACGAGCACCGCUACUCACCGGAGCUAACUUUUUUCCACUCUACUGUUUUUUUCUCUCCCGUUCGGCUAGUUUUCUAGCUGCUUGAGCUAACCGUACACCGGGCUGUUUUAAUGUAAUUAUCCACACGACUUCACCAUCGUGCUCAAGGAUCUUUCGGCUCAUGAGGCAUCGACGAACACACUCUCCACGUCUUAAAAACUGGGGUUUGAGGCCGACGCCACUAAAAUGAAGAAACAGUUUAAUCGGAUGAAACAGCUCGCCAAUCAAACAGUUGGCAGAGCGGAGAAAACAGAGGUCCUCAGUGAUGACCUGUUACAGAUCGAGCGGCGUAUGGAAUUGGUGCGAGUCGUUUCGCACAACACGCACAAAAGAAUGGCUGCGUGUUUGCAGGGGCAGAUAGGCACUGAUGCUGAGAAGAGACAUAAAAAGCUUCCACUAACAGCGCUGUCACAGGCCAUGCAGGAUGGUGGGAACCAGCUGGGGGAGGAGUCUCUGAUUGGAAAAAUGAUGGAGAUGUGCGGAGAUGCCGAGAACAGACUGGCAUCUGAGCUAAUGCAGCACGAAGUGAACAUUGAGAAGGAGAUCUUAGACCCCCUCAAUCAGCUAGCGGAGGUGGACAUUCCUAACAUCCUGAAACAAAGGCGGCAGUUAGCCAAGCUGGUUCUGGACUAUGACUCUGCCCGAGCGAGGUGGUUGCAGGCAACCAAGUCGAUAAUCUCAGGAACAAACACACAAGCACUGACAGCCAAAGCAGACUCGCUUAAAGAAGAAGUCGACGAAGCUAUGAACAAAAUGGAGCUGUGUAAGGAUCAACUUUCAGCAGACAUGUACAAUUUCUUCUCAAAGGAGGCAGACUAUGCCCGCUACUAUGUAAUGUUAUUAGAGGCACAAGCUGAUUACCACAGAAAAUCUCUCACCUUGCUCGAGAGCGUCCUACCAACCAUUCAAGCUCAACAAGAUUCAUGGACUGAGAAGCCAGCGUUUGGAACUGCUCUGGACGAGCACCUGAAGCGCAGUGGCAGAGAGAUCGCACUGCCUAUAGAGGCCUGCGUCAUGAUGCUACUGGAGACUGGAAUGAAAGAGGAGGGUCUUUUCAGAAUAGCUGCAGGAGCCUCUAAACUGAAGAAGCUGAAGGCAGCUCUGGAUUGCUCCACCUCACAGCUGGAGGAGUUUUACUCCGACCCACAUGCCGUUGCUGGGGCAUUAAAGUCAUAUCUCAGAGAGCUGCCUGAACCUUUGAUGACUUACCAGAUGUAUGAUGAGUGGAUACAGGCAUCCAAUGUCCCUGACCCAGACAAACGGUUACAGGCUUUGUGGGUUACCUGCGAUCAAUUACCAAAAAACAACAAGGCAAACUUCAGAUACCUUAUUAAGUUCCUUGCUAAGCUUGCACAGGAUAGUGACGCUAACAAGAUGACCCCCAGCAACAUUGCCAUUGUUCUUGGACCCAAUCUACUGUGGGCUAAAACCGAGGGGAGCCUAGCAGAAAUGGCUGCUGCAACCUCUGUCCAUGUGGUUACUAUUAUCGAACCCAUCAUUCAGCAUGCAGAUUGGUUUUUCCCUGAAGAUGUGGAUUUUAAUGUAUCCGGCAUGUUUUCAAUGCCCGCACCCCUGCCAAACAACGUUAAUCACCUGACCCCGCCAGAUUAUGACUCGGGCACCAUAGAGAGGAAGAGACCGGGCAGCAUGGUGGGUCCAGAUGGUGAAAUGCCCCGGAGAGACAGCUCUGCUAAUAAAUUAAUGGACCACAAUCCUCGUAGAGGCAAUACUGUACCUAGAAAGCAGCACGCUUCGCCUGCCUUCCAGCCCCCGCUGCCCCCAGUGGAGGCUGCAGGUAGUGCAGGGGGUCAGCCUAUGGCUGAACUCUUGCUCCAGCAGCCUGCGCAGGCGGGCAUGGCCUUAGAGAGCUGCCAGCCUGGGCUGGCACUGGGGAUGGCCGCCCUGGCAGCAGCACAGCAGCUUCUAGCUCAGCACACUGAGGAGAUCAGUUCAAAGAACCGAGACCCUGCUUCGACUCCUCCAGCUCAGAGAAAUGGCACUGGAGGAUCAGGACAGCUGAGUGUGGGGACGCCUGUGGCUGGAUCUACAGGACCCAGUCCUCACAUGGCUCGCAGAGGUACAAAGAAGCCGGCCCCAGCUCCUCCUAAACCGGCCAACCCUCCACCAGGCCAACCAUCCAAUCAGUCAGUACAGCAAACUUCUUCAGGCACCCCUCAGUCCCUCAGCCCCUCCCCUAGGCCGCUUUCUAGUUACUCUCCUACCAAUCUGAGCCCCACACAACCACAGGCUCAAACAAACACGACCCCUCGUCGCCACACGAGCAACCAGCCUCCUAUUCAGGCACCCAACCAUCCACCCCCUCAGCCUCCCACACAGGCCACGCCCCCUCCCCAAGCCACUGCUCCUGGUGACCCCGGAGAAGACCCCUCCCCUCCAAGCACUCCCACUCCUCCAAGCACCCCUCCGCCCACAGCAGUGUUUCACGACAGUCCCAGUCCCACCGCUCCCCCGGUGUUCCAGUCAGGAUCGCUUCCUCGCCCGAGGCCUGUGCCUAAACCACGUAACAGACCUACUGUUCCCCCUCCACCCCAGCCUCCAGCCACAGGAAGCGACAGCAAUGGAAUUUGCAGUGCUGCCUUCAAAACAAUGGAUUCGGGGAUGACAUUUAAAGCACUUGGUCGAGCUCUUGUUCCUGACAUUGCUGUUGAGAGGCCUGUUACCCAACUGAAGGACUCAGACCUUGACACAGAAAGCACCGUCCUGUAAAGAUGGCCUUGGCCCUGUCACCCUUUCCCUUAACCAAAGGUUUGCUAAAGGGCUGCUCUUCUCACAUUACCAAAGUGUUUAUCAUCUUGGCUGUACUUCUUAAAAAUCCUACACUUAAGACAAUCAACAAUCCCAGUGGCACCAGGGAAACAAACGCCCCAAGAUGUAGCAUGUUUAUUUAAAGCUGCCUUUUCAUUGUGAUGGCAGCAAAAAAUGACCUGUAUUACAUGAGGAAUACAUGGGCGAAAGUGAUGGGCGAUUUUGGUGAACAAGAAACUAAAUUGAUUGUUAUGAGGUACUUGGAGGUGAGUCUUAAGUGGCCUUAGCUAAACAAAGCAAAUACUCAAAUUAAAAAGUGGAAGACACUAAAUCAAAAGCAAAAACUCUGGCUUUUUGUAUAGUUUGUGACUGCAGGUCUCCAGUCAGCCAAUACAGUACAUUCCUUAUUUUCAUUUGCAAGCCUUAUUAUUCCAGUUUGGAUACUAGUUACAUGCAAUACAUUGGUUUAAAGUAUAUAAAUGCUGAAUGAUUCAUUCUCUGCCUUUCACAGCUGAUGUUUUCAUAAUUUUGGGGCAUUAAUAUGACUGGACCUAAAUAUAUGUGGUAGAGCGCUACUCGGCUAUGUGUAGAAGUAAUCCUGACUGGUUCGUAUGUGAAAGAGGUAAUUUGUUAUUGGACAUUUGAUUUGCUAAAAUUAGAAACAAAGUGUUCAGCUGUCAGUUUAUGUGAUGGAAAAGGUCAAAACAUGUGUUUAGUGAUAUUCUGAUAUGGAAACCUUAUGUUAUUGCUUUGUUUAUAUGUUUACCAGGCCUUGACAAGGAUAGCUUUGUAUUUCCCUCCUUUUACCCAAGAUAUGGUACCAAAGUGGGGAAAAAUGUGCCACUUGGAUGUUAUUCUUACUGUAUAAUAGCUAAGAGCAGACAUAAUUGCUUACAUUUUUUCCUCCUUGUCUCAUAUUCUAUAAACUCUCAAUCACAAGUAUUAAAAUAACCCCAAAUUGUUUUGCUGAUAUUGCAACCGUUUUGACAAGACACCAUAAGAAUGGCGAUUGUCAUCGGCUUGUCAGUCAUGUUAUGAUAUGCGAUGAACUGAUGAUCAACACUAUUGGUUAUUAAGUGUGAACAGCUUGCUAAUCAUGAUGACACUGCUUCAUGCUCUCUUCUUCAAAGGCAAAACAUUUGGCAUGUUCACGAUUCUGAUCAAUUUUCAUGUGAGAGAAAAAUGUAGGCGAUCAUGAUCACUGUUAGCUUUUCUUUAUACAUUUUCCUUGCCUUUACCAUGCUGCCUUACCUAAGUACACUUACAAGAGCUAUUUUACCAAGGUUUGGAAAGUAAACUGACUUCACACUUAUGAAACUAAAUGUUGAUGGUGCAUUUGAAGUUCAGAGGCUUCAUGUCAGAAGACUUUAUCUUUAAGGAAUUUGAAAAAAAAAUGCUUUGUAUUACUGCUUCAAAGUGAAAUUAAAAAAGUGAAACAAGA